AUGGUUGUCCCUAAGGCUAAAGUGACGGAUGUUCUACAGCUGUACCAUAGUGGUUGUUCAGGAGGCCACCUGGGAGUUAAAAGAACUCUCCUGAAGAUCCGAGAACGGUUUUACUGGGUCCACUGUCGUGACGAUGUCGAGGACUGGUGCCGCAAAUGUACAAGUAGUGCGGCUGUAAAGGGACCUCAAAUUCGUAGUAGAGACGCAAUGAAAUUGUACAAUGUUGGUGCACCAUGGGAGAGGAUAGCCAUUGACGUUGCGGGGCCGUUUCCAGAAACUGAAAGUGGUAACAAGUAUUUCAUGGUAGUGAUGGAUUACUUCAAUAAGUGGCCAGAAGUCUUCGCCAUUCUAAAUCAAGAAGCUUCAACAGUUGCAGAUAAACUAGUUCAUGAAGUCUUCUGUCGUUUUGGAGUACCUUUAGAGAUUCACAGCGAUCAAGGAAGGAAUUUUGAGUCUCAAAUAUUCCAGGAAACUUGCCGAGUUAUGGGUACUCAGAAAACACGAACAACUUCUUACCACCCACAAUCUGAUGGAAUGGUAGAAAGAUUUAAUCAGACAUUGGAGAGAUACCUAGCAAAAGUUGUGGAAAAACGGCAAACGAGACUGGGACAGGCACACACAACCGUUUUUGUUGUCAUAUCGAAGCGCUGUUCACGAAAGUACAUCAAUGACACCAGCUUUCGCAAACUUUGGGAGAGAAUUGCGGCUGCCUGCAGACCUGAUCACCGAAACACCACCUGA